CUUUGUAAUGACUCAAAACAGAGAAACCUGUUAAACCAGUUUCAGUGGGAAGCGCAGACUGCAGUAUGCACUCACCUGGCGCGGUGAGGGGAUGACGUCACCACUGCCCUCUCCCAGUGAGAUGUGAAGAAUGAGGAAGAGAAGUCCAUCCUCUGAAGAGAGGAAAGAAGUCAUUACCUCAGUAACAACAAGCUCUUUGUGACAUUAAGUGAAGCUGCUUCAGUGACUUUUCUGUUGUGUUAUUGCUUGGUGUGAACUUUGGGGAAUGUCGCGCGGCUGUAUGUCAGAUUGGUUCUCUCAGUUUGUAGAGAGACACCAUUCAGCGCUGAAUUUUACUCUCUUAGUUGUUGGUUACAUCCUCUACCUCAUCAUCGGCGCUGGGAUUUUCUCCGCCAUCGAGCUGCCGUACGAGCAGGAGCUGAGGAAGGAGUUAAUAGAGACCCGACGGGACUUCCUGAGCGAGAACCCCUGUGUGUCCGAUGAGCGCCUCGAGGAGCUGCUGGCCCGCGCGCUGGAAGCCAGUAACUAUGGAGUGUCCGUGCUGGGGAACAACAGCAACCACAACUGGGACUUUGUGUCGUCCCUGUUCUUCACCAGCACCGUCCUGACCACGACAGGUUAUGGCCACAGUGUCCCACUCUCAGACGAAGGGAAGGCCUUCUGCAUCUUUUACUCCAUCCUGGGAAUCCCUGUCACCCUCUUUUUUCUCUCCGUCGUGGUUCAGAGGAUCAUGGUCCUGGUGACUCGACGUCCAGUGGAGUACUUCCACCGCCGAUGGGCCAUGUCUAAAUCGAAGCUAGCUGCCAUACAUGCUACCUGUUUAGCCCUCAUCAUGACCCUGUUGUUCCUCAUCAUCCCCGCCUCUAUCUUUGUAAGCAUGGAGAAGGACUGGGACUUUCUGGAGUCUUUGUACUUCUGUUUUAUCUCCCUGACAACCAUUGGCCUCGGGGAUUAUGUCCCUGGAGAGACCCACAGUAAAGAAGACAACCCACACCCACACCUCUACAGACUGGCCAUUACAGUCUACCUGCUGCUGGGCUUGGUGUUUGUCCUGGUGGUGCUGGAGACGUGCUGCGAGCUUCCCCAGAUGAAACGUCUCAGACAGAGGUUCUGCAGGGAGAAUGUUCGGGAGCUGGAUUCGGAGACCACCAACAUCAUCGACAAGGAUCAGAUGAAUGACCAGCUGACCGACGUCUCAGAUCACCUACCCGUCAUCCCCUCUGUUUCAGAACAAGCUGCGUCUAUGCGGAAGGACAACAAAUCUACACCUUACACCUCAGCAUCAGGGUCUGUUAAUGGGAAACUGAGAUGACAGAUUAUCUGGGAUUAAUUCUUGUGAAGGGUUUGGUAUAAAGACUUGUGCUCCAUUUAUGACUGCUAAGGACAUCCCUCUGCCUUAAUGUGUAUAUAUGAGUAUGUUAGGAGUCUGGGCACACUUUGGUUGGGUAAUCUACACUAAAUCUGAGUCACUUAAUCGCCUUAAAAUGGAUUCCUUUUCUCCAGUGCCAACACCAACAGGCAUUUUUGGCGUAAAAGCAGGAACCACCCACAGACUAUCAGGAUCAGGAUGGCUUUGUUUGUUCGUUCUUCCCCCUUGUCGCUCCAUUCCCCGCAGAUAAGACCCAGAUCUGUGACACAGAGGAAGGGCCGGGCCCUGAAACGGAGGGAAACCCUACAAGGUUCCACUUCCUGCCAAAGCCUUGGUGUUUUAAUCCCACAGGCGGCACAGUUUGCUCCUGGAUGAUUUCACACUCCCUUUGUGUGGGUUAUACAAUCCAUGGUAGUAUUUGCAUGGGAAAUUUGCCUUCUUGGAAGUACUAAAGAUGUACCAGGAGAAUGAGGCGUGAAUGUAGCCCUGUUAUGUGUAAGAAUUCCAGUAAGAAGAUGAAGCCAUGGUAGGAAUAAACAUGGUUUUCUUCCUGGUUGGAACAAGUGGUUAUUGGACUUCAGAUCCAGCUGGAAUGUAGAGAUACACUAAGUUUAUUACAACAGGUACACCUUGUUACAACCGAGAAGCCUAAAACAUGGGGCUAAUAUAUUUUAAUUGUCUUAAAAUCCUGUUAUUGAUAUGAAUUUAUGAGACUACAUUUUAGAAACCUGUCAGUAAAACAGUGCAAUUCAUAUUUAUGUUCUGACCAUGCAGAGGAAUCCAAACAGGGAUCAAAACGUAUCUAUAACAGUUCCAACAAUAACUCUACUUUAUAUAAUUACAUGUAUAAUAUAAAAUUAUAAAAUUCAUAAACUUAAGCUUCACUGCAAGGCUGAUUGUUACCAAGAUGUGCCUAAUUAAAGGUAACUGAAUGUAUUUCAUUGGGGUAAUCAAAGUGCAAUGUAAGCCAUACUACCACUAGAGGGCAGCACUUUCAUAUUCUAUGCAAGAAGACAGAUUCCAUAAGCUUUAUUGUUCUGAGGAAUGUAUCCGUCAUGCUGCUUAAGGGAGUGUUUUUUAAAAAGGAAUAAUUACACUGCAAGAACAUGUUAUUGUUACAACUGGAGGUGAGGGAACAUGCUGCAACAUGUUGCAGGUUUAUUAUAUUUUGGCACGUGUCAAAGUUUAUAGGAGUGCUACACUCAAUGCAGUGUAUGGUGAAUGUCUUGAAUGUCAGAUUUGUUAUUCGGUGGUAGCAUAUCAGCUUAUAAAUGGGUGCAAAUCAAAAGAAUGUCUUCCAAAUGUCAUUUUUCUGCUGUUAUUUUCUGCUUGUUUCAUAGUUAUAAACACAAUUUAGUUUCCUUGAUUAAAAUCAUCUCAAUAAUGCA